GCCAACUCUUUCCCUCUCCUUGAGGAAGCAGGAAGUUUUUGGUCUAUUGAGUUUCUGGUUUAGAAGUUUCUGUGGUCAGAGGAGAACUGCGCUUUCACUGUCACGCGGCCUGUGGAACAUGAGAUGGAAGGAACCAAGUGGAAUGGAAAGGAGCAGGAUUGGGUUUCUCCUCUGCCUCCACAUGCAGUCUCCAGGCUCCUUGCAAACUACAACAGCCUUACGGACAAACACCUGGCUGGAUAUUUCAGCAAUGCUCGGAUAAGGAGACAUCUUCAGAAAUCAGGACUGAUCUCAAGGAGUGGAAGAAUAAUUCCAGAGAAAGAAUAUCGGCUAAAUGCUAUGAGGAAGGAUCACCAGCGAUAUGUACAGGAGUGCCUGGCUCGAGCCGUAUUUCUGAAGGUCCUUGACACUGGGUGUUAUCAUCAGCUGGAAGAAAGAAGGAGACUUGAAAAUUCUGUGAGGAAGGAGAGGGUGCAGAAAACCAAGACAUACCGAUCCAGAAGAACAGUGGAAGGUGCUAACCCUGUGCUCUCCCCACACCCACCUCUUGGGCCCAGAUAUCAUUAUGGACACCAUCCUUUAAUGGCUAGAGAACCAUCUGCUCAUUCACACCUGAGGGCUCCUGCGCCUGUAGUUGAGUAUAGUGGUGGACAGCCUUCUCAUCAACAUGGAUCCAAGGAGUCAACCUUUUUAAAGGCAACUUCUUCCCAUAGACCAAAAACAGCCCCAGGAAAUGUACAGUACCCAUUUCGACUUCAGCCUCUCUGCAGCUGUGCUGCAGCAGGGACUGCUCCAAGGAGUUCAGGCUCUAAACAGAAGCGCCGCGCACUUGAAAAUUAUCGGCAAUUUCCUUGUGGGAGGGAGAGAAGUGAGUUAAGACUUAUGAACUCAAUGGAAUAUGUGACUGGGAAAACCCCAUACCGACUCCCUGUCAUUAACAACUAUCUGAUACCGGUGCCACCUCCUACCCUGCAAAAAAAAGACAGGAGUGUAAAGGCAGUGAGAAAUGGGAUGUCCAGAAGGAGACGAUUUCGUCCCACCACUGCCCCAAAUGGCUUAGAGCAACCUGUAACCAAGAAUUCUGGAGAAUUCCCUAAGCCCUCAUUACGUAGCAAUGUGCUCGUUACCAUGACCUUUCUGGGAAAAAGCGUGCGUUUAUCUCGUGAUGAUUCUGAUUAUAGAGAUGAAAUCAAAGUCUAUCAGCAGCAUUGUGGAGGAGAAAACCUUUGUGUCUACAAAGGCAAACUGUUGGAAGGAGAGACCUUUCAGUUCAUCUCCAAGAGGCAUCAUGGUUUCCCAUUCAGUCUCACCUUUUUUCUCAAUGGGAUACAAGUGGACAGGUUGAGCUCUUGUUGUGAGUUCAGACAUCAGAAGCGUUCCAGACUUGGAGGCAAGCAUGGAUACUUUGGAUUUCUCAGUGUGGAGGGAGCAUCUCCUUGCUAUAGGUGCAUUAUUGCAAUGAGUCUGGACAAAAAGCCAUCCCCUCCCAAGAGAGAGGUGAAGGAGGACUGUGAGGAAAAGCAAGUGGGUACCUGGAAAGAUGGAGUUCACAGUGAGCCAAGUGGUAGCAGUGCUGAUCAGAAAUCAAGCAAAGAAUCAGUGCUAGUCAUCUUACCAAGUCACGAAGCGGAUGUGGAAACUGUUGAGGACAAAAUGGAGACCAGACAGGAGUAUGAAAGAGAAGAGACAAAACUAUCCAAUUGUGAGACCAAAGAUAGUCAGGAAGAUACUGUUAAAAAUGAGUAUAAUGAAGAUUUUGAAGCAGAUGAAGUUAAUGAAGAAGAACAGGCUGGUGAUCAAAGGAAUGAAAUGUCAAAGUCAUCCCCAGAUGAUGAAAAACAUGAUUUAGACUGUGAAAAGGAGAGUAAAAAUGCAUCACAGAAGGCACCGCAGGUCUCUGACAGCGAGAAAGAUGAAAGUGAUGGAUAUUCUGACAGUACCUCAGGGGAUGGCAAACAAGACAGGAGCUCUGCACACUCUCUGUCAUCUACCAGCACUCAAUAUAGCAGUGAAGAUGAUUCUGAUGCUGAAAAGAUGAAAGAGGAUGUUAAGGGCAAAGAGGAGUGUGAUGUCAAAGAUGCAUCUGAUGAAAACACAACAUGUGCACAAUAUGGAAAUGAGAAUGGGGAAAGUAAACUGUUCAGAACACAGGACAGUCGGGAAAGUUUUGCUUUGGAAGAGGAAGGAAUGGAUGAAGCAGAAAAGACAAAAACAGAAGCUCUGACAGCAAGGGAAAAUACUGAAACUUUUCAUGAAAACAUAAUAGCGAUACAGCAUCAAAGUCUUGAUGUUAAUGGGGAAAUGAAACAGGCUGGGUCAGUAGUAAGUAAUGUAAGGGAAGAAGAGGAGAAGAAUGCAAGCAAUGGAAGGGAUGAUAGGGAGAAAAAUGUUUCCGUGCCUUUGGAAAACAACAUGAUGGAAGUGGAGGAUAGAAAUGAGGAGUCUCCUCAAGGUGAUGGAGGUGUUUCUGAAGAUGAUAUAUCAGCACAGGAAGAGAUAACAGAGGCAAUGGGAGAAGACCAUCAAGUGAAUUUUGAACCUGAAUGUAGUAAUUCUUGUGUGGAUGAGGAAGUAGAGAAAGCAACGAGUGCAGAGUGUGAUCCUGGCAAAGGUGACACUGCAGCAGCAGCUGAUGGAGAUGACGCAGAUGGAACAGGAGCACCCAGCACGCAGUCAGCAGCAGUGCAAGUGGUACAUGUGGGCCAAGACUGUGAGGAGGAUGAAAGCCAUAUUGCUGAACGAGGGCAUGAUGGCACAGACUGUGCUAGGCACGGAGUGGCACAGGCAGGAGUGCUGCAGCCUGAGGAGGAGGCAGCAGCUGUAGCCCCUGAGGGGCAUCUGCUUGUGGAUGGGUCAGCACCUGCCAGGGGGGCAAUGGCAGAAGGUGAUGCUGAGGAGAAGGAACCAGGGAAGGGGAUGGAGCCUGGUGCAGAGGCAGAGGAUCAGGACACUCCCACAGAUGUAGGGGAGAACAUGGGGCCAUGGAGGGACCCAGCGGGUGAGGAAGAGGAGCAGGUGGGCAUGGGGACCCCCCUGGGUAUGGGAGGGUGCAGGGGAGUCAUUGGAGGGGAGAGGGCUGUGAAUGGGGCCUCUGGGGACCAGCGGGUGGGGGGAGCAGCACCUGUGUUGAGGGUGGUGGUGCUUGAGGGACAAGGGGCUGCAGGGGAUGCAGACCUGGCAGAAGGAAUUCCUGAGGUGGGUGACACUGCAGCAGUGUGGGCUGCGGAAAAAGCUGCUUUUGAAGGGCAGAAGACUGUGGAGGAACCUGGGGCUCUCCUAGAAACAUUAGGGGAUACAGAAUUCUGCACGGGAAAUGAAGAGAUUCUAAAGCCAAAUGAAUUUUCUCAGCUGAAAGUCACAGGGAAAGAGCAGGUGGAGAUGGAUACCCUUGGGGCAGUGACAACUGAGCCUAACAGACCACUGGAGGAGGAAGGCAGCUCUCAACCAAGGGCAGAGGAUGGGGAGGAGCCCAAGGACUCUGGCAGAGGCACCACAUUACACAAAGCACCUGGGAGAGAAGCUGGGGUGGGUGCUGGAAGGGACCCUGCAAGUGGAGGGUCAACUCCAUUGGAGCAGACAGCAACAGCUGGGGAUAAGGAGGGCUCAGCAAUAGUGCUUUUGAGUGGAAGCCUGUCUUUGGGCAGUGCUGCAAAGACAGAUGGAGCGAUGGAAGAAAAACCUGAUGGGGUGGUAAUAGGGGUGUAUGGAGAGAGAGCCAGAACUGAGUCAGAAGAUGAAGAGGUGGGGGGGAGAGCAGCAGGGCCACGAGAGCACACAGCUACGGGGCAGGGACUGCCAGAAUAUAGUGGGGAGCAGGCAGUGCUGGGAGAGGGGAAGCCUCCAGGCCAGGGUGUGUUGGGGUGUGAGACCCUGGAGACAGCACAGGGAGCCCAGGGCAGAAGCUGCCUGGGGUUGUGGGGGCAGCAGCCUGCAGUGCCUGCACCAGGGGCAGCAGCAGAAGGCACAGUGCCAGGAGGAGUGCAGACUGAAGGGAAGCUGCCAGAGCUGAGCCUUGGAGAAAGUACCCAGAGGAAAGAGGUGGAGACUGUGUCGAAAGGAGCUGUGGGCAACUCUUGUGCACAGGAACAGAGGGCUGAGAGUCCUGAGCAAGGGAGCACAGCUACAAUGAGGAUGUGAACCUGGAUGCAGCUGUCACACUCCAGGACAAGGAAGAAACUAUCCUCUGAGCCUUUUCUUCAGCUCCCUCAGUGCUCCUUCCCACAGCAUUCACACCAACCACUGAUUUGUGCCCUUUGGAUGUUCUGUAUUACUCCACAGUACCUUGGCCACUUGUCACAUACCACAGUGGCUCUGCAGUGUGUAAGCCCAUAAGCACCAGCACUGUCCUGCGGCUGCCAUGCUUGGUUUCUCCAAAACACAGCACAGUAUUGCACUGAGAGUCCCCUCCUGCUUGUACCCUGUGCUACUGCGGGCCUGUGGAUGUGUGUUUGAGAGUAUAUGUGCUUGGCUCUAUCUCCUCUCCAUGUAUUUUUCUCAGUUAUUUUACUUUUUAAACUACAAAUCUCACUGUGAGGUGGGGCUGUGACCUCACUGGUGUAUGCAUAUGUGGAAAUGUUUGCAGCACUCAUGCAAUGAGCUGGGUUUCACUGUCUGAGAUUUUCAUGGGAGCAUGAUGGCUGCUCUGGUGCUUGCAGCCCACCCUGGGGCACACGCCCACCCCCCCACAUCCUCUUGCUGUGCAGGGGCUCCUGCAGGACAUGCCAGGUGUGGGUACCAGGCUGUGUGCCGGUGGGAGGUAUGGCUCACUCGCUUGGAUGCUGGUUUGUUUUGAUGUAGAUCAUCUAUUCCUGGUGUGUUUGUCCUCAAUAUAACAAUUUGAAAUAUCACCGUGGUUGCAGGCGCUGCUGUUCUUAGAAGCAGGAUAUCAAAACUCAGUAACUUGUUCUGUGUGAUUAUUUCAGCCUGUUCCUUUAACUUCUCUGGGAAUGGCACAAAUGAAUUCCAUUCCUGCAGUUGACUUUUAGCGUAUGUUAUGAUAGGACAAGGGGCAACAGGUGCAGACUGGAACAUGGGAGGGCCCACAGAAAUGUGGGAAAAAAACUUGUACACAGUGAGAGUAACAGAGCACUGGAACUGACUGCCCAGGGAACUUGCUUAAAACCUGCCUGGAUGUAUUGCGGUGUGACCUGGUUUGAGUGUUCCUGCUCUGGCAGGGGGAUUGGACUGGAUGAUCCUUUCAGGGUCCUUCCAGUCCCUGACAAUCUGUGAUUCUGUGUGAUUCUGUUCAGUAAUUUGUAUUUUGCAGAGCUUUCAUUUGUAUUGGGAACUGAUCGCUGCUUUGCAGCACGCUUUCCCCUGAAGCCUGGUGCUUCUAUAGUAGACACUAACAAAGACAUCACUUUCUUCAAGGUGCCAGCCAUUUUAAUUACCAGUAAAGUUGUUUACAAGCACUUGGCCCUGUAGAGAGCUUCUCAGACUGCAAAAGUUUUUCCUGUUGUUUUCAAGUGUCUGCUAUUGAAAUGUCACCAGGAGAUGGUAUAAAGAAGCCAUGGGUGGGCACAUAUUGAUGUGGUGUAAGUGCAGUCUGUUGCCCUGAUCUGUAGUCUGUUCCCUAAGCCUGCUUCAUUGAAGGUUUUCCUUCUGGUUAAAGGUU